GUGUUGGCAGGAAGUCUACAAAACAUACUGCAGCAGUUCGCUCUGUCCCAGUGUUUUGGUGCGCAGAGAGAAACUCUUAUUUGAAAUGCAUUUGAAACAAAAAGGAUACUGCUUCGGUGUCCUUCUCGUCAACACCAUAAUAACUAUGACAUUACCGUCAGCGGGCCGGUGCGGGCCCACUGUCCACUCCAACCAACCAGACCCCCAGCUGGCCCUCCGCCAUGACAGGAGCGGCGGGUCGGCGACCGAAGGCCUCAGUCAGCCGGCCGACCGAGAGGCCGGAGAGCGGCCACACGGAGACUCAAGGCCGGUAGAAAAGUCGACAAACCUCCCGGACUUUCACAACUCCGACAACACGGACGGGACACAAGCUGACACCUCUGAGGGGCCUGGAUACACAAUAGGAGCAAACACGGCGUCUUCUGCGGCUGACAGAGGCUUUAAAACCCGAAAAAUUCCGGAGCGAGGCGAAGGGCAGCGGCUGUAUACUUCUAUUAUCCCUCCUGAUAAAGAGUGCAGGAAGGGGGACAUUGAACAUGUCGUCCUGGGCAAGUUUUAUAUAACUGGUCAACUGGAGCCAAAUCCUAAUGUGGGCUUCCAGUCAGACUCUGCUGUUUCAGUGCAGGCUCAGGGAGGCCAGGAGAGGGUCAGAGGUCAGCGGGUCAGCGCCUCAGAGGAGAUCUGGCAGAGGCUGCAGCCCGUGGUGGAGUGUGGAGACGCCAUGACCCUCACUGUCAGGAAGAGACGAGCUGUACAACUACAGCUGGACCGAGUGAAUGAGUCAUCUGUGCCCCUGUCCCAGCUGCAACCACAUUGUGGCUACUCUGUUCAGACCACGUGGAGAGACCUCAGUCUGAGGGCUCAGUAUGAUGCCUGCCAUGUCACACAGGAGGAUGACAGUUUUGUGUUGCCGCUGCUGUGGAGGGGGACUCCAGUCAAGAUGUCCUGCCCGGCCUCUGAGAUGCAGCCUCAGGCCACGGGCCCCUCCUCACUCUGCUGCUCCCCGUAUGGUAUGACUGUCAAAGUGCAGGGCCUCCAUGAUACAGAGGAGCUAAGGGUAAAUGUCCGAGGAGAAUGGACCCCUUUGGUUGCAUUAGCUGAGCAGUGUGGCUACAUACUGGACAGACAACAUGCAGAAACUGUUAUCGCUGCUCCAUUCGUUACGUGUGGCAUCACAGUAAAGGAUGGAAAAUACACGCUGUCUCUUCAGGUAGGAGAGAAGACGUUUACACUGUCCUGCCCCGUCUCUGUCCCUGAAGCACUCCCACUGACCCAUCACCCUCCAGUCACCAGCCCUCAGCAUCUAACCAGAAAGCCAGCAGCGCAACAAUCCCUGGAGCCUUUUCCAUGGGCUCCACCUUUCUACCUGGCCCCGCCUUACUACCCCCACCCUACCUAUAACCUCAAGUCUCCUCAACCUGAUGGACUGGAUGCAUAUAACCCUCCUACUCCCUCAUCCCUCAGCCCAGAUAAUACAUUUGGUCCACAUCCUCUCCCUCCUGUUGAUUCCCCGCCAGACUAUCCGGUCUACUCCCACUACCACACUCCAGUAGAAGAGUCUUAUAAACAUGUCCACGUACCUCAGUCAUCUACCGAUGAGGCUGAAGUUUCAAGUCUGUGGUACCCAGAUCUCCAACAAAAGCAGAAAACUCCUGUCUUUGGUGUUUCUGAGAAGCCGAGUGCUGCAUCUCCCCUCCAGCCCCCCAGCCAUGCCUUCAAUCCCUACUAUCACUACUACCACCACCCUAAAAUCCCUCUUCCUGGCCCACCUCAAGACCCUGAUCCAGGCCCUGAGGUGCCUAGAGAAGUACCUUUAAAUAAUCCUCAUAACUAUGAAUAUCCAAUGUUGCCCCCACAGCAGUCUGAGUCUCCAUCCCUUCAGUUCGUGCCCCAGGCUGCCUCUCAUCCUUACACCCUUCCAACAAGUCCCCCAGAAACCUCUGCACCUCACACUCCUGAUCCUCCACAGCCAUAUCCAUACUUCUAUUACUUUCCACACGUUGCUCGAGGCGAGGCCAGGAGAUUGGCUCCUCUCACUCUCGACACAGCCGCUAAAACAAAUUUGUCCGAUCACCAAAACACAAAGUCGGCCGUCUCUGUUUCUCCACUUCCUCGCUCACAACAAGAUCAUGAUGACUUUAACUUAAAUCCUUACAUAGAUCACCUAAGAGAAGUGAUUAACGAACCAGAAAGUAGUCCAGAAGUGGUCAAACAUCCACUUUUAUCUGAAGAUGAUGAUGAUGAUGAUGAUGAUUAUGACGACUAUGAUGUAGAAGAAGAGCUGGAUGACAUAAAAAGACACUCUGCUCCUCCGACUCCUAAGCCUCCUGGACCCGUUCCUCCUCCUGAACAACCCUCUAACCGUGCUCCAUCACCAGACUAUGAUCCUUCUCCUUACCCAUACUACCUCCACCCUUAUUAUCAUUACUAUCAGAUGUAUUAUGGACCUGACAGUUUACACACAACUGAAAAUCAUGUGUCUCCAACAUCCAAAGAAGCUUUGGACCCUCCGCUUCCAGCAUCUCCCCCUCCACCACAGCCCCCAUCUGAUCAACAUCAAACCACUCCUCCGACCACAAAAUCAAUGUAUGAUGUUCACAAUGGCCUCUUACAUCCUUACUACUAUUAUUACCACCACCUCUUCUACCACCCUAAAGCGUCUGAACACAACCAGGACCCUCAUCCUGCAGGCAGUGUGAACUCUGAGACAACAUCAAAACCAGAAUCUCCGCUCCACUCUGACUACAGCGGGAUGGACUGGAUGCUUGAUCCCAGCAUGUCUCAGCUGCUGCACAGCCACUUUUAUAACCUCAGUGCCCAUUAUAUCACCCAACAACAUGCAUAUUAUCCUUUUGGGCAUCCUGGUGAAGAAGAAGGAACAGAAGAGAGGCUGGAUAGUGAAAUGAAAGAUCAGGCCAACCCGUCCACUCCCUCUGCCUCGCCCUGUGGCCUUGGCCCCGUGUCAGAUUCUGACGGCAGCAUCUCUCUGGGCUGCUGCUCGUACCCGGUGAAGGACUGUACAAUGGGGCCGUAUUUAAUCUUCUCGGUGCCGGACUCUGUGCUGGAGCCCACAGUUGCCCCCCCUGCUCACCCCUCUGAGGUCAGUAAUGUGUCCUGCACACUGCAGAAGCUGACCUCCGACCCCGACAUCUACACUGUCCCCCUGGAUGGCUGUGGAGUAAACAAACAUGUGUUUGGUGAGAAAGUGGUUCAUCUGUUGGAAGUCAAUGGUAUCCACUCUCUUCAACAAGCCCAACCAGUAAGGUUGAUGGUGGAAUGUAGCUCCUCCCCGGGUUCCCCAGGUGAAGUGAGGCUCCAUGUGAUGGAUGAACCUCCUCCACCACCCGUUCAGUCUGCACCAGCCCCUGCUACUGUGCAGCUGAGAAUAGCCAAAGAUGAGUCCUUCACCAGCUUCCACCCUGAGACUCACCUGCCUCUCAGCCUCAUGCGAGGCAGAACCGUUUAUGUGGAGUUGAGCCUGCUGGACCCUCCAGUGCCGGGUCUGGUGCUGCUGGUUCACUCCUGCCUGGCCUACACUCAGGCUCCCUACACCAGCUGGCUGCCUAUUUAUGAUGGCUGUCUCGAAGGCAGCGGUGAUUCACAGCUGCUUCCUUCCCCACGCUCCGACCCCCACCACACCCGGAGAAUCCUAAUCUCUGGCUUCCUGUCCCUGCCCUCAGAAAGUCCCUCCUAUCCAGCUGAAGGAGGGUCCUCUCACCUGUACGACCCAGAGAUCCACCUCUUGUGUCUGACAGAAGUGUGCUCUACGGCAGAUGGUGACUGCAGUGUCAGCUGCAUUAACAGUCCAAUCAGUGACGUGUGAGCAAUGAAAUAAACACUUUUGCAAAAAAUUCUCGUUUUUCUUUUUUU